AUGCCACCUCCAGUGAUCAUCCAGCCAAAGAAGGGCCACACCUCGACGGCCAUUUUUCUACAUGGACUUGGUGAUCAGGGAGAUGGUUGGUCUUCAGUUUUUGAACAUGAAAUAAGGAUUGACACCAUGAAGUACAUUUGUCCAUCAAGCGACUCUCGGCCAGUCACGUUAAACAUGGGAAUGCGAAUGCCUGCAUGGUUUGAUCUUUACGGGCUGAGUGCUGAAUCACAGGAAGAUGAAGCUGGCAUUCAAGCGGCUACUCAACUCGUUCACAACAUGCUUGAUCAAGAGAUAGCCGCUGGAAUUCCUGCCAAUAAAAUCAUACUCGGUGGUUUCUCGAUGGGUGGUGCGUUGGCUCUGUACGCUGGUUUGACCUAUCCACAAAAGCUUGCUGGUAUUGUUGGACUAUCAUCCUUCUUGGUUCAACGCAACAAAAUCCCAGGUAGUCACGUUGCAAAUUUGGAAACCCCAAUUUUCUUGGGACACGGAACCGAUGAUUUUCUAGUGCCAUUGACAUUUGGACGUCUUACCGAAGGACUUAUCAAGGCUUUCAACAAAAAUGUUUCGUUGCGAGUAUAUCCUGGAAUGGGACAUUCAAGUUCACCAGCGGAGCUUUCCGAUGUAAAGAAGUUCAUGAUGCAAAACACGGCC